GAUAAUGAUUUCAAUGAAUAAAAGUCUACGAAAGCAGGUGUUCGCAAUGAGUGGCGGAAGUGAAGAUCUUGAGAUUUCUGUUGCUUAAAAUUUGGAGAUUUCAAUAAAUAUGAUUUUUAAAAACCGUAGCGGUAUUUCUGACAGAGACUCAAUCUAAAAGCUGCUUUUUCUAUAGAACCUUCUUCGUCAUUCGUCUAAAAGUUGUCUGAAAUACUAAAAAAACGACAGGCAAUCAGGGAAAUAAAAAAUCACCUGGAAGGAAAAUAAAAUAAUGGUUCAUUCAGUUCUAACGGCUUCCAACGACCGAAACAUAUUUGGAUAAAUUUGAAAACAAUCGAAAAAAAUAUAGAAAUGGCUAUGUAAUAAAUUGGCCAUUGUUCGAAAUGUCACAAAAUUCCAGUUUUUCCGAUAUAUUUGAAGAUGGAUGUGACUUAACCUAUGAUCCUUUGCCUGAGAAUUUGAAAUAUUUAACUCAACUAUUCUAUAUGGUUCCUGGAAUUAUAAUUCAUUUUCGAAUACUCAGUAUUAUGCUCUUCCAACAUCGAAAAAUCUAUAUGAUUCAAUCGUUUUUCAUUAUUUUUUCGAUGGACUCUAUUGCUAGUCUAACUCAGCUUAUUCUUGAUCUAUUCAUACAACGGGUUAUUAUUUACAUACCUCAAUUGUGUCCGUCGUUAUAUCCAUUAUUUGAGCAUUAUGUUCUCUUUCCAAAUAUUAUUUUUUCAAUUUACAAUUACAUGAGAGCCGCAAAAUCUAUUAUUCAAAUAUUUUUGACUGUCAAUCGGAUGACAUGUGUGCUGGCACCAUUGAGAUAUUCUCAGAUCUGGCGUCGUUUCAUCCCUGUCACAAUCGCUUUUAUCACAUUGUCACCAUUUCUAGUAAUUUGGAAUGUUAUCAUAUCCGAAACGUUUCCUGUUUCAAUAUUUGGCGGUUUCACUCUGGCCUACACAAAACGUGUUCGCUGGGCGAGUCUAUCAAUGUUCCAAAUGAUUUUCAUGGCAAUUUCUCUUACAAUUACUGUUUUCACAACUUCUAUCACAUUAUUCAAAAUGAGGAGAUUGGAAAAUCGAUUGAAAAGUUCUGAGCGAACUUUGUGUUUUGCAUCGUUUUAUAUGUCGGCCGCUUUUUUCAGUGCCGCUCUUUUUCAAAGCUACUUUGCGUUCUUCAGCAUAACUGCUGCAUACACAGAUCUUGUGUAUUUUCUUCAAGGCUUUGCAUUUGAUGUUCUCAACGUUGGCUCACCAAUUGUGAUGGUUCUUAUCAGUGGACAAUUGAGAUAUCAUGUGAUUCCAGUCAAAAGCAUGGCUCCAAAGCAUUCGACAGUUGUAUCAGUCACUUCUGUCAUCAGGAAAACUUAAUGGAAUUAAUUAAACUUAACUGUGUACUGUGGCUCGCUGCACCCAAAUGCAUGCUGGAUUUUUGUUCGAAAAUUCUGCUAUUAUUUAAUUCCUAAUAUGUACAGAUUUAUUAUUUUGUUCAAUUUUGUGUCAGUCAUUUUUAACAAGAGAAUUUUUAUAUUUUGAGAAAUAAAAAUUAAUUUGGUA